AUGGAAACACAAGGCGAGGCGCAACACAAGACUAUUGAACCACAAACCAGAGAUGAUGCUAUGGACGUUUCUGAUUUGUCUGACGUGGAUCAAGGUAGUGAAGAUUCUAGCGAUGUCGAUGCCAAUGUGCUAGAAUCAAACUUGGAUUCUAAAAAAAAGGCACAAAAGGCUGAACGGAGAAACAAGAAGGAAGCGGCACAGAUAUUAGGAAUUGCGAAGUCUCAUCCUCUGCCACAUCCUGCUGGCGCUUUGUCGACUUCUGUAACCGGUUUCAUCAAAUUUAUGAUGGGCUUGUCGAAUCCACAAUCGCCUUUACCAGCCCCGCCUUCUGAUGCUGAAAUUUUGGCGUGGACCAAUUACGUCUCGCAGCGCCAAGAAAUAGUUGUGCAGAAUUUGCAACCCACAGCACAGUCCAAUCAAGCGACCGAUAAGAGCUCUGCAAAUGCAAAGUUUCAGCGAAAUGAAAAACUCAACCGAAUCCGAAGCCAAGGAUUGGCUCUUACUACUUAUACUGCGGCACCAGAGGUCUUGCCUGACGCUAGAUGCCCUCCGAUCUCUUCUCAAACAAAAAUUCUUUGCGACAACACGUUUCAACGCAAAGGAUUUUCUCGGAUCACUUUCCAAUGGAAUGCGCGAUCACUCACUGCUUCAAAAUGGAAUACUGCAACGGCAUUAAUUCUGAUAGAAAGGUGGAGCAACUGGUACAAAACGAUAACCGAGAAUCCGAAUGAUCUUAAAGAGGAUAUCCAAGGUAUAAUUGAAUGA